AUGAUCAAAGUCGCAGUUGCUGGUGGCGGCCAAGGCCUUGGAGGCGCCAUCGUCGAAGGUAUCGCAUCGCGUGGCUUGCACGAGUGCCUGAUUCUUAGCCGCACCGCCCAUGAGGAUGAUCCAAAAUGCAUCAUCGUCGACUACGCAAAUAUCGAAAGCCUCCAGGCCACGCUGGAGACCAAUGAGGUCCACACUAUCAUCUCAGCUCUGUCUAUGGAAAACGGCGGUGGCGAGUCCCAAAUGAAUCUUAUUGAGGCGGCCGACCGGUCUAGGUCGACCUAUAGGUUCAUCCCGAGUGAAUUUGGCAUGAUAUAUAAACCAAAGCAUAUGAAAGCCCUGCCUUCGUAUGCCUGGAAGUUGAAGGCCGUGGAACGCCUCGAUAAGAGUUCUCUGGAAUACACCCUCUUUUCCAACGGCAUGUUUCUUGACUAUAUGACAUCACCGCGAGUUCCAACACCUUUGCCAUUCUCCGUUCCCGUCUGGAUCGACCUCGAAAAGAAGUUCGCUGCGAUUCCAGGUGAUGGAGAGGGCGUUAUAGCGAUGACCCAUACCAGCGAUAUUAGUCGCUUUGUUGCGGCUGUUCUGGMCCUGCCACACUGGGAGAAGCGCUAUCAUCUGAUCGGUGAUCGUCUUUCCAUCAACGACAUGGUUCGCGUCGCUGAAGAGAUUUUAGGCGUUACAUUCCACAAGCACUAUGAUCAGAAAGAAAAUCUACUUGAACACAGAAGCACUUUGCUUCCUACCGCUCGAGCACUUCUGUUCCCUGGAAUCAAUGAGGCAUUUAUAAUGGACAUGGUCGCAGCAGCAGGAGUAAGAGUCAUCGACGGUGAGAUGGAUCUGGAUGUUAAUCUAUCAAUAAAUAGACUGUUUCCGGACAUGAAAACUCGCACAUUUCGUGAUGCAGUGCAAAUCUGGAAAGAGGUAGAGACCUAA